ACAGCGCCGGCCAUAGUAAUCUCGCAUAAUGAAGUUCGUGGUUACGAUGCACCGGUUUAUUGUAAUGCAUUCGAAUAAUAUGUGAUGAAAACUACGAAUUUCAAAAUAUAAAUCAAAAAACGUUUCUUCAUCAAUAUAAUAUUUGCUGUUUCAUUUGAAGAUUCCGAACGUACAUUGUCGUGUUAGUGCGACCGUGGAUGAUAUAAACAAUUUUAAUAAAUGGAAAGGGCACUGUGUUUCCCUCAUGGUUUUCCCUCCUUUUUAACAAUGCAAAAGUUUAACUAAACUAUCAAAAGAGAUAUCUGUUCAAAGUAAUGUUCGAGUUAUAUAUUGAACUAAUAAAAAUAUAAAGCUUUGAUAUUUCGGCGUUUGCCUGAUUCUACUAAAAUCUUUAAAUUAAAUCGUCUAACCUCUUACGUGUAUUAAUAUCUACACAAAUAUCGUCGAUCAAAGUUUAUUUAUUUCGUAAUAUUUAAAGUACUUAAACAUGUUUGAGGCGCAUAGUAUUAAUGCCGAGCAUAAGGACUUGAUUCAUGAUAUUGCUUAUGACUUUUAUGGGCAACGCAUGGCAACGUGUUCCAGUGAUCAAUUUGUAAAAGUUUGGGAUGAGGAUGAACAUGGUAACUGGCAUUUAACUGCAUCCUGGAAAGCUCAUAGUGGAUCUGUGUGGAAAGUGACAUGGGCUCAUCCAGAAUUUGGCCAAGUACUUGCUACCUGUUCUUUCGAUAGAACAGCUGCUGUUUGGGAAGAGAUAGGUAAAGCUCUUCUAUUUAAAUUGAUUAUGAUUAAUUUAUCCAACGAUCAUGUAUCAUCUACAGUUGGAGAGGGAUCUGGACCAGGGGAACGUGGCAUGAGGCACUGGGUUAGGAGAACAAACUUGGUUGAUUCCAGAAAGUCUGUUACGGAUAUAAAAUUCGCACCUAAAACUUUGGGACUUCUGUUAGCUACUUGCAGUGAAGAUGGUGUAAUCAGAAUAUACGAAGCUCCCGAUGUCAUGAAUCUGAGUCAAUGGACUCUUCAGCACGACAUCAGUUGCAAAUUGCAAUGUAGCUGCCUUUCCUGGAAUCCGUCUCUAUCGAGAUUGCAUCCUCCAAUGAUAGCAGUUGGAAGCGAUGACCAAAACCCAUCGUCUGGGGGAAAAGUUUUCAUAUAUGAAUAUUCAGAAGGAAGCAGGAGAUGGGCGAGAACAGAAACGUUAAGCAGUGUUACCGAUCCUGUCCAUGAUAUCGCGUUCGCGCCAAAUCUGGGUAGAAGUUUUCACACAUUGGCAAUUGCAUCAAAAGAUGUACGAAUAAUUACGUUAAAACCUUUGGUGGAUAGCGCGCAAAGUGGUGCGCCACGCUUUGAUAUCAAUCUGGCGGCACAGUUCUCUGAUCACGAUUUUACCGUGUGGCGAGUGUGCUGGAAUAUAAUGGGAACGAUUUUAGCGAGUUCUGGAGACGACGGUUGCGUUCGAUUAUGGAAAGACAACUAUAUUAACAAUUGGAAGUGCGUUGCCGUUUUAAAAGGUGACGGCACGUCUGCUCAAAGUGCUGAAACUCCUACGGCAGCGACGCCACCGAAUCAUGCGACGGGAAUGCAACAAACACCUUCAACGACAAGAGCAAUAACUAUAGCAACAGUGAUUGCAGAGAAGCCUACAGCUACAGUCAUGUACAGCAAUAAAUGGCAGCCACCUGUUAUAAAAGGUCGUUUCAGUAACUCUGUAUGGCUAGGAAAUCCUAGCGAAUCGACCCCACCUCCGCCUCCAAUUUUAGAAUGUCCAAAGGUAAAGAAGUAAUGCAGACUGCAUUCUUCGAAUUGUUUGCCCUUGCUAAUACUAACAAUGUAUGAAAGCAAAUAACUUAUGAUCUUGCGUUUGUGGUGAACUUGAUUUACUUACCAUCCUGUAACAAUGUGACAACAAGCAGCAAUUGUUAAUUAUACAGGUACUAGUGACGACACUUUUUUUUACAUUCACGUAUAUUUAUAACAAUGAUUUACACGUCAUUUCGAGUGAGUCUUGAAAACUUUGUUUUUUACAAGUACAAUUCCUUUCGUCACAAAGUGAUGUAUUUAUAUUGCGAGAAAAUAAAGAAUACAUUUGUGAAAAUACAGACGGAAAUAUUUUUUACAGAAUGCGUACGAAAUAGAAAUCAUAAACUACGUGAAUCAGAAUGUAUAAACGAUGUACGCCUAUAACCCGAAUCUACUUGGAAUGCUGAAUCAAUUUAUUUCAAGAUCUAUAUUUUGAAAAAUAUAAUUUAAUGAACGACUGUGACGUCUCGAUAAACAAUUUAGAUUAAUACAAUAAACGAACCGCAGAUUACGAAAAGUAUGUUACUGACCAACGUAGUAGUUUGGCAAUUGUCUUUAAAGUGCGUUGCGUCUGUACGCGACUCCAAGAAUUUCGUUGAUCAAGUGGUGUCAAUAAACAGUUACCGGUCCAAA